AAAUUUAAAAAACCCACAAAAUCCUGAGACUAUAAAUAGAAUUUUCAUUUCAUUUUCGUGCAAAAUAUUUUCGUCAGAGUUCAGACACAAACUUCACUUCCUCUUUGCCUUUAACAAUGGCUUCCAUCGACAAAGCGCUCGAAGAGGAAAUUCUAGAAAUUGGGAACAAGCUCCUCGACCCUCCUUCUUCUGUCGAUAACCUUCUUCAUCUUCUGCGUCAAGUUAGAAGGUGCCUAUCAAGGGUUGGACAGUUGCCUACUGGUUCUCUGCACAAUGCACUCUCUCCAUCUUUGAAAGCAUUAAUCGCUGAUAAACUUAUAAAGCAUUCAGAUGGUGAUGUCAAAGUUGCACUUGCUUACUGCCUAAUUUAUUUAACAAGAAUCACUGCACCGGAUGCUCCUUAUAAUGAGCACCAAAUGGAGGAGGUCCUUACAUUAAUUGUAUCUUCAUUUGAAAACCUACAUGAUAAGUCAAGCCCAUGGUACAAAGUGAGGAUUUCGAUCCUUAAAAUAUUUGCAGAAGUCAAGUUAUGUUUGGAAAUGCUGAAUCUUGAAUGCGAUGCCCUCAUUUUGGAGAUGUUUCAGAAUUUCUUAAAGACAAUAAGGGAACAUCAUCCAGAAAAUGUUUUCUCUUCCAUGAAAACCAUAAUGGUCCUUGUUCUUGAGGAAAGCGACGAUAUAUCUCUUGACUUGCUCUCUCCAAUCUUGGAUUGUCUAAAAAAAGAGAACGAGGUGGUUUUGCCAAUUGCUCGAAAGUUGGGGGAAAGUGUUCUUGAAAGUUGUGCAACAAAGGUUAAACCUUAUUUAAAGAAAGCCGUGAAAAAGUUAGGUAUUUCUUUGGAUGAUUACAGUGAUGCACUUGCCUCAGUAUGCACGGUAUUACUAGAAGCUUCUGAGAGUGAGACUGUGAGAUCAUCAGAGAAGAGAAGCUCAUCUUCCAAGGGCUCUGGAUCUUCUAAGAAGAAGACUCAUCCAAGUUCUGGCUCUAAGAUCAAAGGAGCCUCUGAAUCAUCAUUUGGUUCUGAUUCUCCUAAUAUCAAAAAGAGAAAGGUAAGGAAGGUUGGUCUCACUGCUGCUAAGGGAAUCUCUGCAAAACAACUGCCAAUCAUUUCUGAAGAGAUUGGUGAAGUUCCUUUGAUCAAGAGGACGAGGACCUCAGAGACUACAGCAUCUAAGGUACCACCUAGUUCAAGCACUAGAGCUGCUUCUGAGGUAUCUGCUGCUGUUGCUACUGAGGCUCCUCAAACUGAAGGUAAUUCCGAGACUUUGCCUAAUGUUAUUAUUGCUGAAAUUGCUCAAUCUCAACCUUCAACCCCACCAGCUCAAACAAUAUUAACUCAAUCACCACCUUCAUCUCAAAGGAUCACCAAUGACAAACCUGAACUACUUAGGGAUGUUAUUUAUACCUUAUCUGUCCUUUCUUCUGAUAAACCUCAACCUCCACCUAAAGUCACACCUUCUACCUCCGAAACCUCUCUCCAACCUUACAAAUUUAUUCACCCUCUUGUGCUUAACCCCUUAGUCUCUAAACCAAACCUUGAGCUACUUAGGGAUGUUAUUUAUAAUGAUGUUAGAAGGGUUUACCAGAUGAGGGAUGAAUUUGUGAUGCCACAAGAGUUAAUUCAAGAGGCUGAUGCUUUGAAGGAGAAGUUUUGUGCUGCAAUUGAUGAGUUGAAGGAGCUAAGUUUGAAGGAACUGGGGGAAAGUCUAACUGAGCUUACUGAUAGGAUGGUUAGAGCAAUAGAACAUGCUGAUGUCAAGAUGCUAACCAACUACCAUCACUGGCCUCAGAAUGGGAUUCAAGAACAUGCUGAGGAAUUUAUGGAGGAGGAGAUUGUGGCUGAGGAGAUUAUUUCUGAAGAAAUUGUGCAUACAAGCCCUGAGAAGGCAGUGUCUGAAAGCUGUAAAGAGAAAGAAGUAAUGGAUCGGGCUCAAGAGUUUCCUAAGGAAUCAAUGCCAUCAGAACCUAUGAUUGGAACAGAAGUUCUGAAACUUCAAGAGGAUCUAGCCUCUCAGAAGGUUAAGCAAGAGACUCUGGAAGCUCAGAUCACUUCUUUGGCAGAGAAUCAGAACGAGAUGAAAGAGGAUCAGAAGGAAUUGAAAGCUGAAGUGUCAUCUAUUUCUGUCAAGCAAGAAACAAUGGAAGAAAAGAUGGACUCAAUGAUCUCUAAACUCGAUGCUAUCCUUCUCCUUCUCCAACAACAAAGACCACACAACCCUUAGGAUUUUCUUAUGUUUUUGCACAAUUUAUGCUUUUGAUUUAUGAACACUUGUCACAAUUAUUAUUUUAUCAAUGAAGUGUUAUUUUCAGUA